AUGGAGUCUUUCCAAGUAGAUCUCAUCGAGCCACCAAAAAUACCUACACCUACUACUCAUCUAUCUCCACUAAAAUACGAGAAACUACCAACACCUACGUCUAUUCGUCUUCUGAAAAUCGACCCUCUCCCUAGCAUCAAAGAUGACUUAGACUUCUUCCGACCUAUAACCUGUUCGCUAGUGAUCAAGGAUCUCAACAACCGUCCUAGAUACGAUGCAUUGUCGUAUACUUGGGGUGACCCUUUAGGCCGUGAGUGGAGCAGCUCAGACUCAACAGCCCCAGGCGGCUGGGCAACAACGCCGUUCGGUAUAACCUGCAAUGGCCAGAGAGUUAAUAUCACAACGAAUCUGCACACUGCUCUAAUCGCCUUACGCUAUCAUCUUACCAAAUCAAGAGGAAGCUCCAUCUCGACACCAUUGUCAAACAUGUCGGAGUAUAUUUGGAUUGAUCAGAUUUGCAUUAAUCAGACUGAUAUUGUUGAGAAAAACUCUCAGGUUCAACUCAUGGGACAAAUAUAUCGCAAAUGCGCCGCCGUCCAGAUAUGGCUUGGAGGUCAUCAGAAAGACAUCUCAGACCUACUGUAUGCUUAUCGUUUCAUUCAACGAUUUCAGCCAUUACUAGACGGGCCUAAUGGUGACAUGUUCAAGUCAUUUGACAUCACGAACGAAGAUGACUGCAAAUGGUUCAAUCUUCAGCCAAUCAGUCCAGAGAAAGCUCGUGGAAUGCUUGACUUUUUCAAUCGAGCCUGGUUCAAGAGGUCAUGGAUCAUUCAGGAAGCCCUCCUAGCCCCUAAGUCAAAUGCACUAUUUAGUACCAUCGCUACCCCUUUCGAGGUCUUAUCAAACUUCGUGAGAUCUCUCGGCGACUCUACUUGGUUUCGAAAGCUUACUAUUGCUGCCAACCACAAAUACUCCGGGAGUUUAGCCACUCCGAGCUUUUUCAACAGACUACACGAGGUCACCUACCGUCUAGGCACCAGGAGUUUUGAUUCACACGAUCAGUACUGGAAACAACCACUUCCCAUAGACACCGUUACUAGGAUGUUCCGAACCUGUGAAGCCACGGAUCCCAGAGACAACGUCUAUGCUUUUAUAGGCAUCACAGAGAAUGACGUAAAUCAGAAAGGACCCCAAAUUCUCCCAGAUUAUUCCAAAAACGUUGAGGAGAUUUACAUUGACACCACCAAACUCAUCAUGUCAUCUGAGGGGUUCAAUCUGGACUGA